CCUCAGAAGCCCCAUAGUGAGCCACAGCAGUUGCACUGAAGUUCCUAACCCAAGGAAAUUACGUAGUUGCCUUAGUGCUGAAUAUGGACCAUGUGUUUUCUAGGAUAGGUGCAAUGUCAACCAAAAUGCCAAACAUUAAGCUGAAAAUUGAUCCUCGGGAUCUGCAGAUCCAGACAUUUACUGUGGAGAAAUUACUGGAACCACUGAUAAUUCAGGUUACAACACUCGUGAAUUGUCCACAGAAUCCUUCUAGUAAGAAAAAGGGCCGUUCCAAAAAAGCUCGUGUCUUGCUGGCUUCUGUGGAAGAAGCCACCUGGAAUCUGUUGGACAAGGGAGAAAAAAUUGCCAAGGAAGCAGCUGUGUUUAAAGAGGAACUUCAUGCAGCUCUUGCUGAUGUCAGGAAAGAGAGUCAAGCCUUGAAGGUGUCAGCAGAGGCGUUCACCAGCGAUCCCUGCUCCCUACCCCGCAGGCAGGCCGUGGUCCAGGCAGCGCGCUCCCUGCUCGCAGCGGUCACCAGGCUGCUCAUUCUGGCUGACAUGGUUGAUGUGGCAUAUUUGCUGCAGCAUUUGACUGUGUUUCAGAGAACGUUUGAAUCUUUGAGAAAUGUAUCCAGCAAAUCUGAUCUGCAGAAAACCUACCAGAAGUUUCAGAAAGAUCUGGAAAAUCUUGACUAUUUGGCGUACAAACGUCAGCAGGAUUUGAAAUCUAGCGAUCAGCGAGAUGAGAUUGCUGCAGCACGUGCAUCCCUGAAGGAAAAUUCCUCUUUCCUACAUUCAAUAUGUUCAGCUUGUUUGGAACAUUCAGAUGUUGCAUCCCUUACAGCCAGCAAGGAUUCAAUUUGCAAUGAAAUACAGAAUGCUCUCAAUGCAAUUUCUAAUGCUUCCCAAGGAGUUGGAAAUAAAAUGGAACAACCUACAUCUCGCACAGCUACUCUUGGAAGUGCACUUGAUGAGCUUGAGAAUUUAAUUGUCCUGGACCCUCUUGUAGUGAAUGAGGAGACAGUAAGACCCUCCCUAGAGAAACACCUGGAAGCCAUUAUAAGUGGAGCAGCUCUGCUGGCCGACUCGUCGUGCACGCGGGAUGUCCAUCGGGAGCGCAUCAUUGCCGAGUGCAAUGCCAUCCGCCAGGCUCUGCAGGACCUGCUCUCUGAGUACAUCAGCAAUACUGACAAGAAAGAGAGAAGUAAUGCCUUGAAUGUUGCCAUAGACAGUAUGUGCAAGAAGACAAGAGACCUUCGCAGACAGCUCCGUAAAGCCAUUAUAGAUCACAUCUCAGACUCCUUCUUAGAUACCACUGUUCCACUUCUAGUUCUCAUUGAAGCUGCUAAAAAUGGAAGAGAGAAAGAAAUAAAGGAAUAUGCUGCUAUAUUUCAAGAACACACCAGCAGGCUUGUGGAGUUUUUCAGAUUUUUAAUACUGAAGCUAAACCAUCAAAAGAACAGGUGA